UUGGGCUACGUACAUAUGGCCGUGAGUCGACAAGACUUGUUCUUUACCAGACUCCGUGUCCCAUCUGAUUACUGUCUCAAUACUAUUGCAACUUUCCCCAGAAAAUUCUCCUCGUUUCCUCGAGAAAACCAUUUUCUAGCCCCUAUUGAUCUUUUUUCCAACACAGAUGCCCAAGCAAAAAGGAGCUCAAAAGAAGCAACUCAAAUCCUACAAACUCAAACACAUCAACAGAACCAUUCAAGGCAAUCGUUUGCAGAGGGAGAUGCGGUGUUGAUGCGGUCCUCGGAGCCUGGGAAGCCGUCGUACGUGGCGAGGGUGGAGGCCAUCGAGACGACGGACGCGCGUGGAUCGAACGCGAGGGUUCGCGUGAGGUGGUACUACCGACCCGAGGAGUCGAUGGGAGGGAGGAGGCAGUUCCACGGAGCUAAGGAGGUGUUCCUCUCCGACCACUAUGACUUGCAGAGCGCUGAUACGAUCGAGGGGAAGUGUAAGGUCCACAGUUUCGGUGGGUAUACGAAACUCGGCUCCGUGGGAAACGACGACUUCUUCUGUCGUUUUGAGUAUAAUUCUGCUACCGGGGCUUUUAACCCCGACAGAGUCGCCGUAUUCUGCAAGUGUGAGAUGCCCUACAACCCUGAUGACUUGAUGGUGCAAUGCGAGGAUUGCUCUGAGUGGUUUCACCCUUCUUGUAUAGGAACGACGAUAGAGGCAGCUAAAAAGCUCGAGCAUUUCUACUGUGAAGAGUGUUCCCCGGAACCGCAGGAUUUGGACAACUCUAUUUCAACUUCCAAAAACACCGAUGCUAAGGUGAAUACAAAGCGCAACCUGGAGGUAAGCAAGACGAGGAACAAACACGCCAAGCGAACAGGUUAACAUAAGACCUCUGAGAGCUAUGUUUAGUAUGAAUGAUGAUGGUGUAAUCUAUGAAGGAGUUUGUUUUAUUUCCCACUCCACACUCUUUUCUAUUUCUUCUUAAGAAUGAAGGGUUUUUAUUAGGUUGUUUGGCUUGAUUAGUGACUUGUUGUGGGCCUUGUGGCACAAUCUUAUGUAUAGUGUAUAUGUUUUCAUCUGCUUUAAGCUGUGACAAGAAACAGAGAGAGGGUCACUUGUUUGUGUUCGA